CAAAGGUUAAAAUCAGGAAUCGUUUUCUCAAAUCCUCUGCAUUCGUUUCAUUGACUGGGAGUUUUUAAUGAAUCUCGAAUACAUGACGGUAAUAGAACGUUUAACAGUGUAAUUCAGGUUUACCCUUUUCGCAAUACGACUAGGUUUAACACUGUCCGGAAUUUUUUUGAGAAAUGUCAGUGCUUGAAACGUCAAGAGUGUCCGUUUUGGACGACACGACUCCUUUGUAUUGUAUCAUUCAGGGAUCUGAGAAUGUCCAAUCACAUACGGAAUUUAUUGUCAGAGUACAGAGGGGAGAAUUGAAAGAAAAUUCAUGGGUGAUAAGAAAACGUUACAGCGAUUUCGCUACACUUGUGGAAACAUUAAAGAUCUCUGGUAUGGAUUUACCUCUUCCACCCAAAAAACUUAUUGGUAACAUGGAAAGAGAAUUUAUCGCUGAAAGGCAGCGAGGUUUACAAAGACUUCUGGAAACCAUACUCGCAAAUCCGAUGCUGGCUGCUAGUGAGAUUGUCAAAAAAUUUCUCGAUGCCAACAGUUAUACAACUAAUAUUCCAGAAGCAGCUUUACAGAAUGUAUCAAUGUUCUUCCGGUCUGAACCACACUGGGAAGUUGUUGAACCAUUGAAAGAAAUGGGUUGGAGAUUACGGAAAACUUAUUUUCUUAUAAAACCUAAAGAUCAACCUAAAAGGCGAUUACUUUUAUCCUGGACUGUCCAUGGACCUGAUCGUCUUCUGAGUGAGAAAGAUAUAACAGGGAUAUUCAAACUUCUCCCAAAUUUACAGCAUCCAUCAAUCUCAUCAACUCAGCAUGCAAUGACAAAUGAAACAGGGGGAUUAACUAUCAAACAGUUCUAUAUGAAUGGAACGUUGCGAGAUCACCUAUGCAAGACGAAACCUAUGAAAGCACACUACCUGAAGAAGUAUUGUGCACCAAAAGCGGUUUCACAACUAUCAGUAGCUCAAACAAGACAAUUUUGCAGACAGAUUUUGGAGAUGUUGAAGUUUUUGCAUGAGAAGGGUUUGGCUUGUCAUCAUCUUCACACAGGUAACCUCGUCAUUGAAGACAAAGUGAUAAAAUUACUAGACAUUGAAAACUAUCUUCUCGGUGUUCCACCAUUCUAUAAGCCUUUCUACACUCAAUUUAGAAAAAUUAAUAGUGCCGAAUCCAUUGACGUAUAUAGUUUUGGGCAUGUUUUGUAUGAAAUGGUAUUCGGUCGACCACUCAACAAACCAACCAUCGAAGAGUUGCCACCUGAAUUACCUGCUGAAAUUAGAUCUGUCCUGGAAUCUAUUCUCACAGUAGAAGCAUGUAAACUCGGACUUCCAACUUUGGAAGGUCUUCUUAUGCAUCCAUUAUUUGUUGACGAAGUUGUAGUAACAGUAGGAAUAAAGCCUCAGUUGAAGAUUCCUAGCAAAUUGAAAGAAACAUUGCGACAAUACAAAGAUAAUCAGCAGAAGAAAUUGAAAGAAGAGCAGAAAGUGAUAUCACAAAAUCGUAGACUUUCCAAGGCAAAGGCUCAUCAUAGUUCAGAUGAAGAACGAAGAAGGAGAAAAUUAGAAGCUAGGAGGAAAUCAGCAAAGAAAUUAGAAGGUGUAAAAGAAGAAACUCCAACGCCGACUACAAAUGGUGGGAAUGAGGAAUCAUCAGCUGCUUCAGAACAGUCAUCUGCAUCUCCAGCACCCCCAGGUAAAUACUACACCAUGAUACAAAUGCCUGCUAUUACUCAUCUUGUGAUGCUCGCUUGGCAUCAUAUUUUUCCAAACUUUCAUCGAACAUUGCAGAAUUUCUUAUGUAUAAGGUGUAAACAAGGGGUCAAUGAAAAGGCAUUGUUUUUUUUUCCCUUCCACUCUGAACUAGCCUCUGUACAAGCAGACACAUGCUUCAGUAUUUUUUAAUUUUGUUGAAAACUUAUGUCAAUUUGAACAAUUUUAUAACCACCAGUUCAUCGAUGUUGAAAAUAGGCAUAAAUCUAUAGGAUUGAUCACAAAACUAAUAUAAUUGGCUAAACAGCCAUAGAAUUUGUCCCCUCUGUAUAAGCAGACGCAUAGGCUACUUCAGUACUUUUUAAUUUUGUCCAAAAUUUGGGUCAAUUUGAACAAUACUAUAACCACCAGUUCAUCGGUGUUGAAAAAUGACCAUGAGUUUUUGGGAUUGAUAGCAUAACUAAUUUAACUAGCUAUACAGCUAUAAAACUAUUGAUGAAUUCUCAUCCGAAACUAAAAUUAAUUUUUUUUUUAAUUGCAAAAUAGCAAAAUCGCAACUUUACUUUUGAAAUUUGUCUUCAUUCCAUGAACUUUCAUUUUUAGAAUGCUUGAGUGUAUUCAAAUUGAAUUGCAAGGCAUGUGAUAGCUUGUGCACAUUGCUAGGUUCCAAUAGCACAUUCAUAAAAUGCUGCCUGUGGCUGUUUUGGAUUUCUGUUCCAUAGAAAAUAUAUUUGAAAACCAAUCAUAGCAAAGUAUCUUUAGUAGUUUUAGGAAUUUAGGAUAAAUAGAUGAAUGGAUUUAUGAAGAGCAGCAAUUUGUAACCUGCGGAUUCAGAGCCGCAUUUGGCUCGCUGUUCUCGUAGUUUUGGCUCCCCGAAUCAAAGUGGUAUCAGCAGUUUUGUGUUAAAAUCAGUGGGAAUUGAAUUAAAUGGGGAGCAUAAAGCUACAUACUAGUCA